AUGGAAGCAUCAAGGAUGAAACAUAUGAAUCUACUACUAUUGCUUCUCCAAAAGCAGGAUGAGAGUCUCAAUAAUUCAAACUGUGGUGAAGCCGAGCAGACUGCCUCAACUCCUACAACUGUCAAUUACUCUCCAGAAGAAAUACAGUCUGAUCCGAAUCUGGUUCCUGUAACUUCUUUACAGGCCACAGGGGAUGAUAAGCACCGAGCAGAAGUAUCGGCUGCAGAGGACCAGUUGUUGAACUUUGACAUUUUUUAUGAUCCACUAUUGGUGCUAUUGGAUGAUAAAUUAGUCUCCCCGGUCCAUGCUCAUUUUCCACCAGAAUUUUACCAUCAAGCCAACAAUGAAUUAUUUCAAUAUGGUGAGAACAAUGGACCAUGCAGUGUUUCACAUGUGGAAAUGGCCAAUAUGACCCAUCUGCAAGCAUCACACGCUUAUCCCGAGGGGCUAUUAUGCAAAAUAGGGAUGCUGGAUUGUUUCAGAAUAAUUCCCAAAUAA